AUGAAAGACUACGAGAAACAGGCUGACAGCGACGACGUGCUCUCGCGCCACACGGCCGAGUACAACUUGUCGGUGGCCAUGUCCAACCCUCAGCUCAAAGAGCAGACCGACCAGAACCAGAAGUUGAAAAAAGCUUUGGAAGCUAGACACUUGUCUAUGAUUGCCAUCGGUGGUGCCUUGGGUACCGGUUUGUUGAUUGGUACCGGUACGGCUUUGAGAACCGGUGGCCCCGCUGCUAUUUUCAUCACAUACUCUUUGGUUGGUUUCGUUGUUUUCAUGGUCCUCAGUGCCUUGGGUGAGGUUGCCACUUUCAUUCCCUUGGCUGACGGUUUCGCGGGUUACUGCAGAAGAUAUGUUGACGAGGCCCUUGGUUUCGCUUGUGGUUGGGUCUACUUGUUCAAAUACUUGUUGCUUCCGCCCAACCAGUUAGUGGCCGGUGCUUUGGUGAUGCAGUUCUGGGUCGACAAGGAUCGUGUGAACCCAGGUGUAUGGAUCGCCGUGUUUUUGGUUAUCAUCACCGCCGUCAACGUUCUCGGUGUGCGUUUCUUCGGUGAGAUUGAAUUUUGGCUCUCCAGUGUUAAAGUGAUCACUUGUCUUGGUUUGAUCAUUCUUAUGCUCUGUAUCGCCUUGGGUGGAAGUCCAUCUGGUGACAGACUCGGUUUCAGAUACUGGAAAAACCCAGGUGCUUUCAAGGAAUAUGAGGAAAGCUCUAGAGAUUUGUAUAUUGGCGGUGCAACUGGCCGUUUCGUCUCUUUCGUUGCCGUCCUUGUGACCACCAUUUUCGCAUAUACUGGUUCCGAGUUGGUGGGUAUCACCUUCGCUGAGUGUGCCAGACCAAGAAAGGCCAUUCCAAAGGCUAUUAAGUUGACCUUCUACCGUAUCUUGCUUUUCUACAUUUGCUCGGUGUUGCUUUUGGGAAUGUGUGUUUCUUCUACCGAUGGCAAGCUUUUGGGUGCCAGCGGAAACACUGCUUCGGCCUCUCCUUUCGUCAUUGCCAUCACCAACGCCAAAAUCAAGGGCUUGGACCACGUCAUCAACGCCUGUAUUUUGAUCUUUGUCAUGUCUGCUGCCAACUCCGACAUGUAUAUUUGCUCCAGAACUAUCUACGGUCUUGCUGUGGCUGGCUAUGCCCCAUACUUCUUCUCCAAGACCAACAAGAAGGGUGUCCCCAUGUACGGUAUUGCCCUUUGUUUUGCAUUCUGUUUGUUGGCUUUCAUGACCACCUCGUCCUCCGCUGCCGAUAUCUUCAACCAUUUUGUCAAUGUGGUGUCGCUUACAGGCUUGAUCACCUGGACCUGUAUUCUUUUCCUCCACAUGCGUUUCAUGAAGGCCUUGACGGCCCAGGGAUACAGCAGAAAGAAGGAUUUGGCCUUCCGUUCGCCAUUCCAGCCUUUCGGUACUUACUUUUCCUUCGGUAUGUGCUGCUUCCUUAUCCUCGCUAAGAACUUCACAGUCUUUUUGGGUAACGACUUCCCAUACGAGACUUUCAUUACCGGCUACAUUGUGCUUCCUGUCUUCAUCAUCAUGUUAUUCGGCUGGAAGUUCUGGAAGAAGACCCGUUUGAUUCCUGUCAACGAGGUCGAUUUGGAUACCUAUAGAGAUGUUGUGGAUUACGAGGAGGAGCAGUUCCAGGCCAAGGAUGCCGAGGAUAAGGCCAUCAGAGAGGCCCAGGGCAACCCUCGUGACCUCAAGUGGUUCUACGACAAGGUGUUUGGCUGGAUCUUCUAA